GACGAAACCGGAAGUGAGGCGUUAACUGUGAUGUUGACACGAUGAUCGGAGAUCUCUUGUUAUUUGGCACCUUGUUGAUCAAUGCAGGAGCUGUGUUGAAUUUCAAACUCAAAAAGAAAGAAUCACAUGGAUUUGGAGAUGAGUCCAGAGGUCAAACAACAGGUGACAACAUCCGAGAGUUCCUGCUCAGCCUGCGAUACUUUCGCAUCUUCAUUGCACUGUGGAACAUUUUCAUCAUGUUCUGCAUGAUUCUAUUGUUUGGAUCAUGAGCAAUGGUGGCUGUAGCUGGACUACCACCCAAUGACUGAUUUUUCAAGAUGGACUUAUACUUUUUUGUUUUGUUUUAAAUAAAUCUGCAUUUUUUUCAUUUUUUAACCUCAAACUCACCUCUACAAUUCUACAGAAAUGUAUAGAAAUAGAAAUGUAUCUCUUUAUUUAUUUCAUCCUACACAUCAUAGGGGGUUUGACAUUGUAAUCCUUUCGUAAUGGGCGGCUAUUGUCUCACGUUAUUCUUGUACUUGUGCGUAAAUUGCAUAAAAUGAAUGGACUCUC